CCGCCCGCCCGCAGACGCGCGCCGCCGCCCGAGCCCGCCGCCGGCCCGAGGCUUGCUCGCGAGGAGCCCCCGAGGGCUGCUGCGCUCCGGCCGCCGGGCGGCUCCUGCUCCAGGCUGGGGCGCGCGGAGCUCCGGCGGCGCCAUGGCCGAGAUCGGCAUCGACCAGUCCAAGCUGCCCGGCGUCAAGGAGGUUUGUCGGGACUUUGCCGUCCUGGAGGAUCACACCUUGGCACACAACCUACAGGAACAGGAAAUUGAGCACCACUUGGCAACAAACGUCCAGCGCAACCGCCUGGUCCAGUAUGACUUGCAAGUGGCCAAGCAGCUGCAGGAGGAAGAGGACCGCAAGGCACGCGGCCGCAUCCAGGAGCGCCACAAAAACUUAGAGCUGCAGGACUGCGAGAUCGCUCAGGAAAUUCAAGUCAAGCUGGUCAUUGAAGCAGAGCAGAGGCGGCGGCAGGAAGAGGACGAUGAGGAUAUUGCUCGGAUUCUGCAGCAGAAGGAGCUCCGGGAAGAAAAGAAGAGGAAAAAGCCUCCCCCGUCCGAACCUUUGAGGCACGGCACUUACGAAGAGGGGUAUUAUCCAGAAAGCAGAGAAGAAGCAAGCUGUAGCCCAAGGGAGCAGGCUAAUGAGCUGACUAAGCCACAGCAAUGCCAGCAGCCAAGGGACCACCGAAGGGGGCCUCCUCUUGUGUCGGAGGGCAUUGACUUGGAGGUUCUGGGGAGCUCUUCGAAAGUGGCCAAGGCUGGAGGUGGCCAGAGGCGCAACAGAGAGAGGCGGGACAAGAAAGCAGGCUGCCAGGAGAAACCUUGGAGACCUCCUCCGGAUGCAGAAGAAAACGAAGACGUUGGCCGGGGCCACAGCAGAAGCAGGGAAUACAGGGAAAGAAAGCCAGCCAGCCAGGAGAGGACUCAGGGGCCAGCCUCCCUUAUUCUGGAUGGGGAGGAGGAUCAUGGUUUCCAGGGCAGCAGGGGGAGGGGCGAGAGGCAGCCACGAAGCCGAGAGAAACCCCAAAGGCCGCCCCCUCUCCUCCUGGACUGGGAAGCUGCGGAUCGUGGGGGUCGGCGUCGUGAGCAUCGGGAGAGUCAGUCGCCCAGUUCAGAGAAAUCUCUGAGAUCAUCCUACCUGGACGCUGACCUGGAGGAUAGGCGUUUGGAAAGGAGGGAUGGCAAGAGCCAUUCGCCAAACUCGGGCUAUCUUAGGCUGCCACAGGAAGACCGUCAUUCACCGAGGGGCUCCCGUGACUGCCGGCUCCAAGACUCUGAAUCACCCCACCAGCGCGGCCACAGAAAGGAUGUAAAAAGAGACUUCGAAGGAGCAGGUUACGGGCCCAGAGCGUCUCCCUCCUUGCAUCACGGGGAGGACUGGGAAACGGGCAGAGGACGCCGUCGUAGUCCAGGAACUAAAUCAAAGGGAACAAAAGAAGCCAUUUACCAGAAGCCCCGAGUGGCUGGCCAAGAACUGGAGUUUUAUGACGUGGAGAUUGCCCGGAAGAUGCAGGAGGAGGAGUUGUUGGCCAGCCACGUGGACAAGAGGGCGGCUCAGGUUGCCCAGGACGAGGAAAUCGCUCGCCUGCUGAUGGCGGAGGAGAAGGCGGCUUACAGAAAAGCCAAGGAGCGAGAGAAAUUGUCUUCCGAAAAGAGGAGGCAGGACCAAGACUGGAAGCACGAUGCACAUGAAUUGAUGCGUCCACGGUCCAGAGAAGGGCAUGAAGCUCAGCGGCCCAGGAGUGACAAACCAGCACGGCCGCCACUGCCGACCACGGAGGACCUUGGUCACCUGGAUAAUCUCAGUCCGCAGAACUCAGCCCAUCAGAGAUCCAAGCCGGAGUCUUCUCAUAAGGGUUACCACUACAAGCAGUAGACGAGCUAGACUUGGCGUUGAUACUCACUCUCUUCUGUAGCAACUGUAACUGGAAUACGUCUGGGAGAUCCUCGGAGGCCCUUUUCUGAGGGUUGCGGCAGCCAGACAGCCUCUUUGCAGGAACAGUGCCUCUCUGUCCUUCCGCCUGUGGAUUUCUUUUCUCCGUUGUGUCUCCUCUCCUGGGCAGGGCAGUUAAAUCUUGCUAUCCCACCCCCCCACCCCCAUCCCCGUACGUUUCUUGGGUUGCAUAAGCGUAGCAUAGGACUUCUCUCUUUGAUUGGUGUCGAGAUGCAGGCAGCUGCUAAAGGCCUCCUUUAGCUUUUCGAAUAUAUGUGAGAACAGGUUAGGGCAACAAUCAGCACAAGUUCUUUUCAGGUGGAGACCUGGGGAGGAGGAAGAGGGGAGCCACUUCCUGUGCAUGUUCUUACUGGGUGCAGCCGGGGCGGGGUGGCCCCCACUUGCCUCCGGAACCUCCCCCCCCCCAUAUCAGCCAAUGGCUUCCCUGCUGGGCUUUCAUCACCUGAGCUGUCAUAGGAAUUUUGCAAUGUGGCUUCAGUUCAUCCAGUGAAGUGUAUGUGGAGUAUGGUGUGUUUGCCAACACAUGGUGUCAUAUCGGAGGAGCCGUGGAGGGGCCCUGAAGCAGCAGCCGCUUGCAGCCAUUGCACACGGAAGGAAUCUGGAGAUACCAGAGAAAUCUCUGGUAUUUCCAGUCAAAGAAUUUCAGGAAUUGGGAAGAGCGUGGAGAGCUGCCGCCAGAGUACUGGGCCGAAGCAAUCCCUGCCUGACUUGGGCUACGGCGGCUUCACCUGGCCUCAGCACACUCACCUAGCGGCUGAGGUUAGCUGUGGCUUCUGAUCUGAUUCACCUGCAGUGCAAAGCCGGAGUCUGCUGCUGUGGAAUAGGAAAUGGCCCUGGGUGGUCCCGUGUGCAUGCCUUUUGUCGAGAUAGAGCUGAAUGGUGCAGGUGCUUCCGGUAGAGUGAAUCGCCUGCACGGCUGAAAUCUCAUUGAAGGUUCCCUCCGGAAGUGGGUUUGGAUCCUACUCAACUAGCUUUGUAAACUAAAGCAGCCCAGAGUGGCGAGCAGCACAUGAAGGAACUGAACUUACAAUCACCAGGAUGCAGAGGAGUUAGCCGUGUUAGUCUGUAGUAGCAAAAUCAAAAAGAGUCCAGUAGCACCUUUAAGACUAACCAACUUUAUUGUAGCAUAAGCUUUCGAGAAUAACAGUUCUCUUUGUCAGAAACUGGUCAGAUAUAUAGGUGGAGAGGGGAGGGCGGAGUAGAUGCAAACAGUAGCUUCUGAUAUGGAGAUCAGUUUGCUUCUGUUAAGGAAGUCAGUUACUUUUGAUAAUGAGAUAACCAUUCAUAGUCUGUAUUCAAUCCCAGCUUGACCAGGAUGAGCAUGUCAUUUGCAGUCGAGCUGCCGACCUCCGCAGUGGCUGUGCGGCAUCUGUCAGUCUUCUUUGGGAAAGGCUAAACUCAGCCUGGGGAUCUUGGAACUGGCGAGGGCGGAAUUCAUGUUUAACGUUUGCUGCUUCUUGCCUUUAGAGGUGAAGGAGCCUUCAUCUUUUCAUGUGUGUUUCUGAAACCGUGAGGUCUAGAAAUAUUUUCUGUGAGCCGUGUUGGUGACUAGUGGUCAGCAGUGCCUCCAGCAGGGUGGGAAAGAGUCCCUCUGGCUCCCCUUUCACUCAUGCUGCCGGCACGGCUCUUUCCAUGGCACCUCCAGAAAGGAAUUUCUCACAUCCCCCUUUUUCAAACUUCAGCCCUUAACCUCGCCUAGAUUUCACUGCCCUGCCUUCUUGCUCUUUUUACUUGUUUCGAUGUUUUAAAGUGUUCCCUUUCUCUCUUUCUGACAAAAUAAUCGACAUGCCCGGUGUCAAUGUCCCUUCUCUCACCACCCCCAUUUCUUUCUCUCUUAUUCAGAUCUCCUGCGGUGCCAUAUCUAACAGUUUGGUUUUAUAUAUGUUUAUUUUUAUAUGACAUGCAAUAGUCAAAUGUUGUUAAUUAUUUUUAUUAACAAAGCUGCCAUUUCCCCUCCUCUGCUGUUGCCCGCCCCCCAUCAAAACUGUAUUUAUUCUUGCUCGGUGUUCUCGUGUGGUUUUGGGUGCUGAAGGCCUCCCGGCACCCUGGAGCCUUGUCGCUCUUUGCGUUCAGCCACCGUCUUGCCGCAUCCCUGGGCAAAGUGGUCCGGUGGGAAUCCAAAUACUUUCUACGUGUUUUGCUUUGCACUGGUGAGCAAACUGCGGGUCUGUUUACUCUCAGGAAGGGAAGGAUCAGAGAAGGAACGGGGAAUUAGCAGAAAUAUCAAGUGUCUCCCCUCCCUGUAGGCCAGGAGGGUCACGGCAGAGCAAAAGCGCCCUCUGGUGGCCAGGCAUGAGAUGUUGAAGCCGGAAGCUCUUGUUCUCUCUCCCCCAGUGACUGGCCUGUUCCCCGAUCUGACCAGGAAACUCUUUAAAAACUCCUAUAGAAGACAAGAUUUUGGAACAAAGCCCUCUUGGUAUCUUGUCAUGUGCUUCACUGUAGGCGUAGAUUAGUCUAAAUUAUGACUCAGAAAUCAUUCAUGGGUGGGUACAGAGAGAGGCCACUGUGUGCGCUCCGGUGCUCAAGCAAGAGAACUUCCCCAUAAAAGAGGCCCAGUUUUCACCAACGUCACUGUUAGUCCCUGGGGAGAGUCCAGCGAAAAGAGUUUGUAGGAGGCACCACAGCCAACGCUCACUAGGAGAGCAGUUAAAAGGUGGCUCCUCCACUGAUAACGCUCCUUCAGGCAACCCAGAACUACUUGAUUUCCAGUAUAAAAGUUGGUGCUUCCCAGAGAAAGGUCUUGCUCAGUAGAAUGCGCCCUGCGGUUUCAGAGCAAGGAACAGGAUCCAACUGGAGGGGUGCCUUGCUGAAGAGCAGUGGGUGGCUGUUUGUUUGGAAAUAACUCCAGAACGCGUGAGACCUUUUGCACAAAGGGGGCAGCGAUUGCACCUCAGAGCAAUUUACAAAGUAUGUUAUGAUUAUCCCCACAACAACAAUCACCCUGUGAGGUGGGUGGGGCUGAGAGAGCUCUGAGAGAGCUGUAACUGCCCCAAGGUCGCCCAGCUAGCUUCAAGUGGAGGAGUGGGGAAUCAAUCCCGGCUCUCCAGAUUAGAGCCCUGCUGCUGGACUCCCUUUGGUUCUGUCUACCUAAAUUCACGCCCCCCUCCACCACCACAGCACUGCCUUAGAACUAGAAAGAAACAAAAUAGCUGAAUUCCUGUCCUUACUUGGGGCGGUGCGAGCCACCCCCCUCAAAGCACAAUGUUUCCGGUGCCUUUGGAGGACCGAGUGGGGCAAGGGGACAUGACUGUGCCUUAAGCCCAGACCUGCCUUCCCCACUCCGGUUUAGUCAGGAGCCCCUUGCCCCAAAAAGGCCUGCAGUCAGCCACCCGAAGUAGCCCAAUCCAUAUUCUCCAGUGGUGGUCUUGGGAGCAGAGGAGGAAUCUGGACCCCCCCCCCACCACCACCAUGUCGAUACCUUUGAAAGAACGGCAUCUUCAUUUCCUCAUCAGACUUUAUUUCUUUUCUGGGCAGGAUAUGAUGAGUGUGUGUGCUGGUUUUCAUUUUGAAGAGGUUGUGUUUGGUGUGCACUCCGGCUGUCUCCCUUCUUCAAAGAGGGAAGCUGGAUGGAGCGAUCUAGCUAGAAUAUGCCAGUUGUUGUUUUUGAUUUCAGCAGUGCCCGAGAUCUUUCCCAUGGGGCCCAAAUCCUCCUGGCGGAGAGCAGAGUUGACCCAAAAAGGCUUGCUCGUUCCUUCUCCGUUGGUUCCCUUUCUGUGCAGCUCCAUUCAGGCUAUGAGAUCUUACCAAUUAACAAUCAUGAGAACUGACAAUGUCUACUGAUCACAUCGCAAGGAGAAAGCAGUGUCUUGCAGGUCACGCUUAGCAAGCCCUGGAUAAAACUCCUGCUGUCUGCUUCUGGCUAGGAAGUCUCUCAACAGCUUCUAUUGGAGACGCCCCACUUCCAAGGAGCCGCGAUCUGGGUCCGCUCAAAGGGAUUCCUUGGGUGGCCCCUCUUCUUUCUUAAAUGUUUGCAAAUUACCAAUCUGCUCACUUGACCCACCCAGAUUUGCAGGCAAGCCUCGCUGCUCUUCAGCUUCUGCAUGCUUUCUCGUCUCUGGCUCUCCUUUGGAACCCUUUCUAGUUUGUCAGCUUCCUUUCUGAGCAAGCUGCUGGGUGGGGAACAUUCUGCCGCACACAUCCUUUGUCCUUGCACCAGGGCUAAGUGACGCUAGUGGUAGGAUACUGCUGAUUUCCCAAAUGAUGCUUGGAAAAGACUCUGCACACGGUCCAGGAUUCUGGCCACUUCUGUUCUCCUGGUAAACCCCUUCUCAGGGGCCAAGGAGGGAGAAUUCCCUGGAGUUUAAUCCCGCAAAACAGUCUGAGGAGGGGAAGGAAGCUGCUGCUCUUUUGCAAAGGACUGUAUAAGGGCCAGCGAUGGGGGCAGAAUUGUUAAGAUUUGAAAAAGCCAUUCGCGGUGCCUGAACUAAGUGCUGGGAUUUUUUAAAGCCUGGAUUGAUCGACUGUUGAUGAUUUGUAUAGAAAGGGAGUUUCUCUCUCUCCUGCCCAAGCGUCGUGCAAGGCAUGACUUGCAACCCAAGGGUAGGGCUCGUUCUGGGAGCAUUUCUGUGCAUGGUUUCGCUUUGGAUCAGAGCAAAUGUUUUAGCCUCUGUUGUUCACCAUGCAGCCAGACAACAGCAGGGUGCUCAGCAGCUCAGAGCUCUUCUGUUUCUUCUUGUGACAGUCUUUGUGCAGGAGGCUUCUGAACUGGAUUAGACGGGUAAGAACGCCUCCCUGAGAUGCUCUCUUUCUUUUGGCUGGCCCAUUUUUGGGCUCCCUUGAGGCGUCUUUAACAGACGACUCCUUCCCCACUGGUUUCAACAAGUAGACAUAAAUCCCACCUUCAGUCGUUUCCUAGAGAUCCUGUGCCACACCUUGCAACCAGCAUGCACCGCUGGGCGUGGCAACCUUGUGUCGGCACAGGGUGGGCACUGGACGGAGCCCUCGUGCGCUUGCAUGAAUGCGUGCAGUAAAACCCCACUUGGGGUAGCUUUGGUGUUCUGUUGCACACAGUAGGGUCACUGCAGUGCUGUAGCAGAGACAGGGGAGUUUCGGCCCCUUCAUCGUGGGACAUCACCAGACCUGGAGUGAUGCCCGUAUCUUUUACAAAUGUGUCAGGGAAACCCUGUGCUGCAUUUCUGAAUCUCUGCUGCAGGAGGGCAAUAGAAGUCUUUGUGGUGUGCUUCUCUGUUCCAGUUUGGGGGGGGGGGCUGCACCCACAUUAUAAGCACAGAAGUCUUCAUUUCUCCUGUUGAUCAAAACAUUCCCUGAGCUUAAGAGCUGCAGCUUUCAUUCCACAGUUGUGGCCAAAUGGUGGUGUGACCGAAAUCCUCUGUCCCGUCUCAGGGCAGCUUUGAAGUCGACUGGCAGCAAAUCCCAUGGGGAUUACCUCUGGAAUGGGUGCGUUGCAGCACCUGUGUGUAGCUGCAGCCUUGGAGGCCUUAAUGUUCUCUUCGGGGAAAGCUGUUACUAAGUGUAGCAUGUAGGGAUUUGGCUGGUACUGAGAGUUCUUUGAGAGUUCUGUGGAGUUCUCUGGAACCCUUUGAGAGUUCUCUGGAGCUCUCUGCCCCACUUAGGGCCAAGCUACACAUGACGAAUGACACUUGAACGGCAAGUGUAUUUCUCCCUGUUCACUUGCCCUCCACUCAAUCCACUUGCCGUUCAAGUGUCAUUUGUCAUGUGUAGCUUGGCCCAGAGUCUCUCAUCUGAGCGUGAAUUGCAUGUGUUUGCAGCUGCCCCUCUAUGCAGUCAGCUGGCUUCGCUGUUGUUCUCACAGUGGCCCACCUGGGUUGCUCCUCAGCAUCCCAUCCUAAACUCUUUUUUUUUUAACAGUCUUGAACUGUCCUAAACUCUUUAAAGCGAAUGCCAUCUUGGCCUGCUAGUGGGUUGUCUGCCACAUCCAUCUCUGACUAAAAGUUUUGUGAGUUUAUUCUUAAAGCAGGAUUUUGAAAGUCAAGGUUUAAAGAAACCCAGAAAGUGACAGUAGAGGGGAGAGAAGUAUAACGUAAACAUGCAAAAGUUGGAAAAAGUUGUGAAACGUCGUCUCAAAAUUUAAAGCAGGCCUUUGAAGCACGAACCUGACAGGAUCUUUCAGAUAGUUGAUUUCACCAAAGUUUUCCCAAAAAUUUUAAAAAAAAACGUAAUUCCUGCAAUGGUCAGAUUUAGCUUACCUCACAGAGUGCGGUAUCUUUCACAAAUGUCCAAGGGGAUGCUACACAGUCCAUAGGUAGUAAUUCCAGAUGGGUAGCUUUGUUAGUUAGUCUGUUGCAGUAGAAUUAAACAGAGGUCCAGUGGGAACCUUGAAGGCUAACAACAUUUAUUCCUGUGAACGUCUUCGACCGUCAGAGCUUGCUGGUAUCUGAUGGCUUGAACAGAGAGUCCUGGAGGCUCUGCUGGAAUGAGUUGUGUUAGUCUUUGGGCAGGACACCUUGCUGUGCAAGGAACAUCGGACCAUUUUGCCUUUAAGAUUCUCCCGGCAUGAGAAUCCUUUUUAACUCAUCCUAGCCUUAAAGCAAGUUUGCUACUUAGCCUGGAGGGAGAGGAAAACUUCUAAUUUACAAUUUCCCCCAGGAUAAUAACUUCAGCGGUAUGGUUCUGGGAUGGGAACAUGUUACGCGGGCCAAAGCAAAUGUGCACACUGAAGUUGGGGGUUGCUUUGUGAUGCAGCCUCUUCCCCCCCCCCCACUCCGGAUAACUUCUGCGUGGUCUGUAAACACCGGAGUUGUCUAGACGCUGAAAAGCCAGGAUAUGAAUGCAGCACCAAGCAGAUGUCCCGUCUUGCUCAUGUACCACCAGUGCACGCUUUAAUUGAGCUUGAGCAGGGUUAUCUGGAAAAGAUCAACAUUCUAGCUUCAAAGAAACCAGUUACAGACGGGGCUUUUUUUCUGCAGAAAGAGGUGGUGGGACUCAGUGGGUUGCCCUCAGAGAAAGUGGUCACAUGGUUGGUGGCCCCGCCCCCUGAUCUCCAGGCAGAGGGGAGUUGAGAUUGCCCUCCACGCCGCUGCAGCGGCGCGGAGGGCAAUCUCAACUCCCCUCUGUCUGGAGAUCAGGGGGCGGGGCCACCGGCCAUGUGACCAUUUUCAAGAGGUUCCGGAACUCCGUUCCCCUGCGUUCCCCCUGAAAAAAAGCCCUGGUUACAGAAGAUGUUCCAGUCUCACCCUCUGCAAAAUGCUGACAUUCUCCCCCACCUCCACUGAAUCAAGAAUGUAGCUUCCUUUUUGGUUUGCCCCUCUGGUGGCUCUCCAUGCAGGGACCGGCUCGGCAGGGCCCUCCCCCCCCCCCCAAGGCCUGUGCUUGGUCCUCGAGUCUUGCUUUUUGCACCAAUAACUUCUGUUCUUCCAAUCUACUAAACGUAGCAAAGUAGCCGUGUAGACUUCAUCUUGCUGUAUUCUGUGCUGAGAGAUUGGCGAGGGCUCUGUUGGGACAGGCUUCGGGGUGUGUGUUCUUUCUAAGACUGCAUCGCUGGAACAAAAAAAAUAAAGUGUUGGCAUUUCUUUA